AUGCCCUCGCUAAUCAGCUCUUGGACCUUCUCCAGCCUCGACACUGCCGGCACCGAACAAUUCACAACAAUGCGCGAACUCUACAUGAGACAAGGCCAAGGCUUUCUCCUGGUCUUCUCCAUCUGCAACAUGAACUCGUUCUACGAACUAGCCGAAUUGCGCGACCAAAUCGUUCGCAUCAAAGACGACGAGGACGUCCCUCUGGUCGUGGUGGGGAAUAAGUCCGACAUGGAAGAUGACCGCGUCGUGCCCCGUGCACGGGCGUUUCAACUCGCGCAGUCGUGGGGUCAAAAGCCGUACUAUGAGACGAGCGCAAGGCGGAGGACGAAUGUUGACGAGGUGUUUCUGAACCUGUGCACCCAGAUCAUCCAGAAGGAAGGGGCACGGAAUCAACUGGUCCAGCAGCAGGCUGCUGCGAGGCGGCGAGAUAGACCAAAUCGGCAUGAUCGCAGAGGCCGGCGGCAGAGGAAUCGGGACAGAUGCGUCAUCUUGUGA